UGGACUCGUGUCUUCUGCUCCGCUGCCUCGUUUAAAACACUUGUCUGAAAACGUUUGAGCGACUAGUAGUGUUAAUUUUUGGUCUUCUUUGGAUGAGUUUUGGUUAAACAUUUUAAAUUGAGAAAAGGUUCAUUUUUUCCCAUUGAUGUCCCACGGGCGAUACCGACAAAAAAAAUUGGAGUGACAAUCGGUUUAUUCUGGCGAAUUUUGGUUCAUUACAUGUGUGGUCGUUUGUCGAAACCAGAUCAAUCGUCAUUUUGUAGCUGACUGACAAUUUUCUCGUGAAACAGAUUGUUCAUUGUGUGUACAGGAAAUGAGGCGUACUGAGGUGAAUGUUGAGUUGAGGAAAUCUAAGAAGGAAGACCACCUGCCGAAGCGACGCAAUCUUGAAAUCGAUGACGAGCCCCUCAGCCCUCUUGAAACAACAAAUCUUGUGGCUGCAGCCAACAUGACCAUUGAGGACAUAGUUAAUGGUAUCAACAGUGGUGAUGAAAACAUGGAAUUAACUGCAACCCACGCUGCACGUCAAAUCCUCAGCAGGGAACGUAAUCCACCUAUUGACUUACUCGUCGAUGCCAAUAUCGUUCCUAAGCUGGUAGAAUUCCUCAGUCGUAAUAACUCUGACCUUCAGUUUGAGUCUGUCUGGGCUCUCACCAACAUUGCGUCAGGAACAUCUGAUCAGACCAAAGUUGUCGUCAGUGCUGGGGCUGUCGCUGGAUUGAUAUCUUUGUUGGGAUCAUCUCAUCCAGCUCUGGCCGAGGAAGCUCUCUGGGCUCUCGGUAACAUCGCCGGAGACGGACCAGAGCUUCGAGAUCAUGUCAUCAAGCUAGGCAUUAUUAAGCCUAUGAUCACCUUGAUCAAACCCGACGCUUCAGUUCCAUUCUUGCGUAACGUCGCUUGGACUUUGUCCAACUUGUGUCGCUACAAGAUUCCUCCGCCCAGUGUCCAUGCAGUCCGACAGUUUCUGCCCACCCUGGCUCAGCUUAUCCACAACAACGACGACAGAGAUAUUCUCGCCGACACUUGCUGGGCUCUGUCAUACCUCACUGAUGGCCCGAACGUACGCAUUCAAGAAGUUGUCGACGCCGGAGUCGUCACUCGGCUCGUCGCUUUGCUGGACAGCAAUGAAAUGGCCGUCAUCACCCCCACUCUAAGGGCUAUCGGCAACAUCGUUUCAGGAAGUGAUAUUCAGACCGAUUCCGUCCUGGCUGCUGGUGCCUGCCCGUUGCUGGCCAAGUUGCUUGUGCAUUCCAAGAUGAAGAUCGUCAAGGAGGCUGCCUGGACCGUGUCCAACAUUGCUGCCGGCAAUACUAUCCAGAUUCAAGCUCUCUUUACCAACAAUGUUGUUCGUCCGUUGGUGGACGUGCUGAGCAACGGCGAUUUCGAAUGCCAAAAAGAAGCAGCUUGGGCCAUCGCCAACAUCACCUCGGGUGGCACUGUCGAGCAGAUCGUUUUGUUGCGCCAGCUUGGUGUCAUCAUUCCGCUGUGCGCUUUGUUAGAGGCCAAGGAAGAUAGCAAGACUAUCUCAGUCGUGUUGGAUAGUUUGGCUAAUAUUUUGGGGGCAUCCGAGAAAAUGGGCGAACUGGAGAAAGUUUCCCUUUACGUUGAAGAUUGUGGUGGUCUGGAUCGCAUCGAAGAUUUGCAGAGCCACGAAAAUAAUGAGAUUUAUAACAAGGCGCUGGCCAUUUUGGAGCAGUAUUUCUCAAAUGACGGGGAUGAAGAUUCCGAGUUGGCGCCAUUUACAUCGCAGAGUGGCAAUUACGAAUUCAACAACCAGCCAUCUCAAGCCCCCGAAGAAUUAUUUUACAAAGACUGGACCGUUACCAAUGGAAUUGGACCAUUUCCUUAGUGAAGUUAACCAGCAAGUUAUUAUUGAUCCUUUGAAAUCCGGUUGGCAUUCACCACAUUUCCAUUUGGAGGCUGGCCACGAUUAUCUGUAGUUACCGAAGCAGCAACCAACUGAAUGGCUAAACGAUGUGUUGCAUUGAAUCAAGUAAUCAACUUAACAUUUAAUUGGGAGGUGAAUUGCGCUGCUGGGACGGACUGACGCGCUGCUCGACGCUUCCUGGGGAAUUUCACCUUGGACUCGUAGGGCACCACCACCGCAAGGGUUGCCAACCUUCCAGGGAUGGACCGGAAAA